AUGGCGAAAAAUAGCUCUCUGCUGUCGCCGGACCUGCCACUUAUCAUUUUGCAAAUCUUUUUAAAAAAUAUUGAAGUGUUGUUGUCCAUCGGGCCAAGAACCUCGAUGCAAACAGGUAAAAAAUCCAUCGAGGGCAGGGCACCUUCAUAUUUUUUAAACUUUUCAUCCGAUGCCCUGGUUGCGGCCAAACCACUUUCUUUGCUGGUUAAGUGCACGUACCGUUCCGCUAAUGUGCCCGGAACGGUUACGUCCCACGCCAGGCAUCUACCGGCUCUCCAAGGAAUCAACGUUCAGCCAUCCGGGCGUUUUCCAUCCAACGCGGAAAUUCCCGAGGGCUCUUUAAGAACGGGGGGCCAUGAUACCUGCAUUCCAGAACAGUUUCCAUUGAAAGUUUCCACAGAUUGGAAGGUUAACGAGCAAGAAAAUGUGACAAUCACAAUAUCUCUAAUAUGUUUGUUGUCUUGGACAUACCUCACACUAAUAUUGUAUAUAAUUUUUAAUAAAUAA